AUGGCACCACAGGGCUUCCAUGAAGGAGCGUCUGUGUGCUCGCUAGAAUUGUGUGUUCCGGGCACGUUGCUGUCACUCUUGCACUGUCUGCCUCUGCUGAGAAGGCUGACAGCAGGCCCGAGAAAGCCAAGGCAAGAAACACUCUUUCAUGCCAAGGUCCGUCCUCCCCCAGCUCCGAGGUUCGAGACCCAUGCAGGCCUGGCUGCUCCCUCCCCAGGAAACAGUGUGCAUAUAUUAUUUUGGAGUGUAGGUGACUUGUUUACUCAGAGAAGCAGGUUUCUGCUUCACACACACUUUAUGUUGCAGAAACAGAGGAGAGAGACGAGGUGUGUGCCUGGCUCUUGGCUCCCGUCUCCUGGUGGGGAGGGUGAGAUGCCAGGGCUGUGCCUGAAUAUUUAUCACAUCCUUGUCCUUGUGCGCUUGGGAGAGAGAAAGGUCUACCGAGAAGGCAUGUUGUUUAACCGUGUUCACCGUGGGUCUAUGUCACUGCAUCUCAGGGGAGGCCUCUUGACUAUCCCUCCCCUCGCCCAGGUGGCAAGCCUCCUGGGGCUCACGCUGCCACCUGGUGGUGGCCCAACGCCCCCGCGCCUCUCCUUCCCUCGAUUUUCCACCCGAUGGAGCCGCGUCCCUUCAGGACCAUCCAACUUCGGCUCACUUUCAGAGACCGAAAGGAUGUGGCGGGUGAAGGGAGACGGAGUGGUUUCAGAAUUUUCCAAUAUAUUUAGGAGCAGGAGCACAAGGGGCUCCACGACCUAG